CUUUCUAUUGAGUCUGCUGUGAAAAGGAUUCUAGACAGUUAUUGUGCCAUUAUGCUCUCCCUUGAUGCGGAAAAAUCACCGAAAGCAGUAGGACUAUCGAAAUUUAUUGGCAAUUCAUUGUUCCUGUUGUUCACAGCCCUCCUCAUUGACAUUUUAACAGCCAUUGGAAUUCUAAGUCUUACGUUCCAGAAAGAUGCCGUCAACCUUUCUCCUAUCAAACACAGUGUUACUUCUGCCAAGAACACAUUGACUGACAUGAGAAAAGGGUCCAGCAAGGUUACGAAAGUCCUCAAUGCUUUGGGUGAGAUGCCAACAACAGGAGAGGCAGCCAAGUACCAUGAUGUGAAUGUUACAGAUAAUAACAUUCUCAGGCAAAGGUUUAAUGAUAUCAGAAAUACCUACCUGGAUAAGCUCAGCAGUAACCUUGAUGACAGGUUUCCCAGUGACAUGUUAGACAAGCUUGAAUGUUUUGAUGUCCUGUUCAACCCAGGGCGAUACCCUAGUGACCUUAACCUCUUAGAUUAUGGCGUGCAACAGUUUGGUGUGUUAGUAGUGUUUUACCAAGAGCUUGUUAGCAAAGAGAGAAUGGAAGCUAGCUUUCUACAGUUCAAACACCUAGCUAAGUCAUACCAAGUGCUUUCAUUUGAAGUGUUGAUCAGAGAUUUUAAUGAAGAAUUUCCUGACUUUCUGUUACUUGGCAAAAUUGCAUUGGUGCUUCCAGUUUCCUCUGCCCCAUGUGAGAGGGGAUUUUCCAUCCAAAAUGCAAUCAAGAACAAAUCCAGGAACCGGAUAACCCCAGAACGUCUAAACAGGCUGAUGUUUAUCAAACUGAAUGGUGGCAGUGUGGAGUACUUUGACUUUGCCAGAGCAGCCAAAAUUUUCACUGACAUGCAAGUUAGUCAGACUGUCACUCAAGGCCACUCAGUGACUAUAUAAGUGAUAAUCAUAACAUAAAUUGAGAGUUUGACUUUAAUGAUAGAGAAAAAAAAGUCUUUGUAACAUUGAAAAAAAUAAACAGAGCACAAAGGUCAUUAAUAUAUAUAUGUGCUUUUAUAGGUCAUUUAUAUAUUAAAAAUUCAUUGGACCCCCAUUAUGGUAUGUGGGACCCCACUUUUUUUUUGAAUGGGGUCCAUUGGACCCCACAAAAAUUACAGCCAGGUAAAACCCUGGUCAUGGGUUUCCCCCGGGCUCAGUCCGGUU